CAUGUUAGAGUGACUGGGCAGGCUUUGGCACAAAAUUAGGUUGUUUUUCUUCUGGGUUGUGGCACGUUGUAUGGCGCGUUGUUUCGACCGUGGUCCCCGCGACGUUUUGGACGCUUUCUAAUCUGUGCGAACAGGAUGGCGGCCCUACUCGAAGACGUCCACGAGGGCUUAGGCUUGCCACCGCAAGCGAGUCGUACGGCAUGUGUGAAGGGAAAGUACGCGUACUAUCACUACGGCUGCGACGGUGUCGACGACAGAGGCUGGGGCUGUGGCUACCGAACCUUGCAGACAAUCUGCUCCUGGGUGGUAUAUCAAAAGCACAAGACAGGGGAGGGUGCAAGGGCUGUGCCAAGCAUUGCUGAGAUCCAGGCAGCCCUCGUGACGCUUGGCGAUAAGGAAUCCCAGUUCAGCGGGUCACGCGACUGGAUUGGCAGCACCGAAGUGUUCCUCUGUCUUGACCACUUCUACCAGGUUCCAUGUAGGAUCCUCCAUGCCAGCACUGGGGGUGAGGUAGCCAACCACAUUGAUGCCCUGCUGAAGCAUUUUGAACAGCAAGGCUCCCCAGUCAUGAUGGCACGAAAAACAAGGUUGUAAUGCUCGCGAAAACGGUGCAACCACCAAUCUGAAGCAGCAAAGUCGUUUUAGCCCAGCUGCAGGGCAAAGUCCGCUGCCUUCGCCAGUGUGACGGGGCCUCUCCGUGGUAUGUCCUGCGCAUGCAUUUCCUUAAUCCAAAUGAGAAGCGCUUUCUCGAGGUCGGGAUGCUUUGUGGGCCGCAACCUCUUUCUUUCGCUGGCAACUUCUUCCUCAAAGGCACCAUCAAUAGCCCUCUUAUAUUUUAUGUAAAUGGAUAGAGUGGUUUUUGGUAUUGCGUGCUUCUGUGCAAUUUCUUGCUUAGACGUGAGUCCGGCGUCCACUUCCUUCAGGAUGUCACUUUUCCUUUAUAGUGUUCUGGCGUGUUUCUUUAAGCGGGCACAUGCCAUCUUCAAGUUGCAGCUACACCACCAAAGUCCACCACGGCAAACAUUAGCCGAGGCCUAACGAUUAACACCACCACAAAGAAUCGCGUUGGAAGGUGCUUCCGACGCUGAAAACUGAGGCGUACGAUGCACGUCCGAGACGGAGACUGCAGAGACAAAGGUGUCAAACAUACAUUGGCGAAGGCUCCUAUUCGUCGGUUCUCGAGUGCGGGCAAAGCUACGACGCACCUGAUUCACUGUGUUUUUAUGCUGGUCGCGUCAUCUGUCACUCAACAGCUACACAAGAUUUGCAAAGCCUCCGAGAUCAGCAUUUCAAAGAACCAAAUCUUGGAGGUCACGUAGGAAGGAGAGGAGAGGAGGCAGCCGCCGCUGCCCUCUGGCCUCCGCGCCGUUUUGGUUUUACCUGAUUUUACCUUCUCUCUCCGUUCUUCUCUUCGUUUCGGGUCAACGCAGCCUCGUGACUAGGCAGCCGCGCCCUAUCCCGUGACUAGCCAAGCCGCCGGAACGGUGGCGCAUAGUUCGAAUCAUCUGUGGCGUAACUUGCGUGCGAAUUAACGGGCUUUUUUAUACAUAGGCUUGUAUGGAGCUUGGCCGGACCAAAUAGUACAGUUCGAAUUAUCCAUAAAUUCGAAUUAUUGAAGUUCGAAUCAACGAGCUUGUACUGUAUUCACUAAUCCUGUGCACAUCUGCAUGAAGCAGAGUGCUUUAAGAUGCACCCGUGUUAAGGAAGAAUGCAGUCAAGCUGGCAACAGCUUGCGACAGAUGGCUAUGAAAAAGAAGCUGUUUUCUGAAGCAGGUGACGUGCUUGUUUUUUUUUUCACAUAAAUGAAUAGCAACAAAUGUGUAAUGAUGCAUUGACAAUCUUAUUCACAGUAUUGACAUCACCUAUUUAGUUAUAGCUCGAGGAUUAAUUGCAUCGCUAUCUGCCAUGUAGACAACU